AUGAAGCGGCCCAAAGUGGGCCCUUCUUCCUUCGGCAUCCUGGGCUUUUUUGGACGGAAACCCAAAGUGACUUUGGAACAGGAUGGGAAGCUGGAAUCCCCGUUGGGCAACCCUCAAGAAACCCACAUCUCUCUGGUGCCAGAGGAGGAGGAAGAGGAAGAGGAGGAAGGCUUGUUGGAAUGUCCGCUGUGCCUGCUGCCCCAGCCCCCAGCAGCCUUCCCUGCACUCUCUUGCUGCUCCCACCUGUCCUGCCUCACCUGCUUGCAGCAGUACUUGCGCAUAGAGAUCAGUGAAAGCCGCGUGCAGGUGGCCUGCCCACAUUGCCCUGCUCUUCUCCAACCAGCAGAGAUCCAUCAGCUGUUGCCGGAGUCCAACCUAUGCGAGAAGUACGAGGAGUACAUGCUGCGGCGCCUCCUGGUGGCUGACCCAGGCACCCGCUGGUGUCCUGCCCCAGAUUGCAGUUAUGCGGUCAUUGCCUACGGCUGUGCUGAAUGUCCCCGACUUGUCUGUGGCCGUCAGGACUGCCGAAUGGAGUUCUGCUACCACUGCCGGCAGCCCUGGCACCCCAACGCUUCCUGUGAGCAAGCCUGCCGGGAAUGGAACCGGCAGGCUGCAGGGGCAAUGGAGCUCUCUACCCAGCUGAUCCAGAAGGAAGAGGCUACCCGGGGUGAGUCAGGCCAGCAGGCAGACACCGAAACCAUCAAGGUGUGUCCCCGCUGUGGUGCCUUCAUCAUGAAGAUCAAUGAUGGGAGCUGCAAUCGCAUGAAUUGCACCGUCUGUGGGUGCCUGUUCUGCUGGCUCUGCUUGCGCGAGAUCACAGAUGUGCACUUCCUCAGUCCUUCUGGAUGUACCUUUUGGGGGAAGAAGCCCUGGUCCCGGACACGCAAGCUCCUCUGGCAGCUGGGCAUGGUGCUGGGAGCUCCCAUGGUGAUCUCACUUGUUGCUGGCAUUGCUGUGCCGGUCAUCACACUAGGGAUACCCAUCUAUAUGGGAAAGAAGGUUCUGAGCCACGGACGCAAGAGUAAACUGUCAGCCUGCCAGCAGUGUCUGUCUGUGGCCAGCAGUAUUCUUCUGUCCCUCUUUGUGUCGCCCGUAAUCACAGCGGUCACUGUUGGGGUUGGGGUGCCGCUGAUGCUCACUUAUGUGUAUGGAGUGGUGGUGCUUUCUCUCUGCCGGAAUCGCUGGGGGUGUGGCGGCACCCAAAGGAAAGCUGGGGAGCUCAGCACAGUGGAGCUGGAGAACCUUGCCAAAUGUACGUGA